AGCGGAAAUGAUCUAUUCAGAGAGAAGCGCUCAGCGCAUAUGUCUGUUACACUACACAGACACAAUGUUACUAGUUGUGAUUAAGUUUUUACUUUUAACACUUCUAUUUUAUAGAAGUUCCGCUGAGAAACUCAAUGAUCGAUUUGUGCCACGGUUUCAUCUCUAUCCGCCUCAUGGGUGGAUGAACGAUCCCAAUGGAUUCUGCAAAUUUGGAGAAAACUAUCAUCUGUUUUACCAAUACAACCCUGUCACCAGUCAAGAGCCCGGAAUCGCACAUUGGGGACAUGCAGUGAGUCCUGACCUAAUUCACUGGAUGAAUCUACCCAUUGCAAUGUAUCCAGACCAACCUUACGAUAAAAGUGGAGUAUUUUCAGGCAGUGCUAUAAUUGAGAAUAAUACAAUGUACCUUCUAUACACCGGGAAUGUUAACCACCCUGGAAACACUCCUGAUCACAUACAAAGACAAGCUUUGGCUUCAAGCACCGAUGGAUUAAAUGUGACAAAAUAUGCAGGGAAUCCUGUCAUCAUGGGAGAAGAACACCAGCCGAAUAUCAGAGACCCGAAAGUGUGGAAGCACGGUAAUACUUUUUACAUGGUUCUGGGAAAUUCUUUCAAUAAUAAUAGCCUCGGACGAGUUUUACUUUAUUCGUCGCCCGAUUUAAUAACAUGGAAACAGGUGUCAGUUUUAGAUGAAUCUGAUGGAUCGUUAGGUUACAUGUGGGAAUGUCCUGAUUUCUUCGAGUUAGAUGGUAAAUUCGUUCUAUUAUUUUCACCACAAGGAAUUAAAUCUCAAGGGGAUAAAUAUAGGAACUUAUAUCAAACUGGAUAUAUUGUUGGCAGAUUUGAUUACGAGUCCCAUUUAUUUACGCCUUUGACAGAGUUCAGAGAAUUGGAUCAUGGACAUGAUUUUUAUGCCACCCAAACAAUUUUGGAUGAAUAUAGACGUAGGAUUGUAAUAGCGUGGUUUGACAUGUGGGAGCAAAAUUAUCCUGAACGUGACGAUGGGUUUACUGGCCAAAUGACAGUACCGAGGGUUUUAACACUGACCCAAAAUUAUAGACUCGUCCAGAAGCCAAUUAAAGAACUGUUCCUAGCACGUGGUACUCAGUUACAUAAUGGUAAGGCUGAUGGUGGCUAUACGACUAAAUUGCAAAAUAAAGCAGCUGAUAUACGAGUGAGAGCAAAUCGAUUGAAGGAUUUUACAAUAUUCAUAGAAUCUGAUAAUGCGUCUGUUUCAAUAAGUUAUGAUCACAAGAGAGGUACAGUUACUCUUGACCGUGGUGGUGAAGAUGGAGUUCGGAGGACAAAAUGGAGACCUGAUCGACAACUGCAGUGGCAGAUUCUUGUAGACGCUAGUUCUAUAGAACUGUUCUGUGGAGAGGGUGAAGUUACAUUCUCCAGUCGAUACUUCCCCUAUAGCGAUGUGACCAUCAGGUUAGCAGAUGACACAGUAGCUGAUGAUCUAACCAUAUAUGCAAUGCGUCGCACAGUGGCAGAGUCUCAAGAUUUAUAACGCUUAGAUGAAGAUAAACAAAUGACGGAAAUCGUUUGAAAUGACCGGACAUGCAAUCAUGAUGAUAAUGAACUGUGAAAAGUAACAAAUUAUUUUAAUGGCUGCUUUUAGGUACCUAUUCCAAGGCCUACGUUAUCAUCUAAGUGGUCAAUUAAAGCAACUACAAUAAUUUGUUCUAUUUAUACCAAAGCUUUGCUAAAAUGUGAAAAAAUAUACGUUUUUGUUUAA